UUAAUAUUUCCCUUUGGUACUUUAGGCUAUAACUUUCUCAGCAAAGGAUGGAAAAUAGAUUCUUUAUUCAGAUAAGUAGAUAUGUACCUUGUGAGAUAUUUAUAUUGUGAGAUGUGUACCUUGCUAAUGAACAUGUUUUGAAUUAAAAUAAAAUCUUUACUUAACCUUUUUCUUGUUCAAAUUAAGAUUACUAAUGGUUAGAGUAACUAGUGGAAAGGACUCUACUUAAUAGUGGAAUUGUUUCAUAACAUCAUCUUUGGAGAUCACUCAAAUUAUGUUAUGUUCUUUUUUUGAUUGGUUCUUAUUAAAAAAAAAACCUAAUCAUUUGAUUGUUUUGGGGGACAAGGGUAUGGGAUUCCUGGAUUAUGAUUAUAGCAUAAAAAUGCAUUACUAAAAAUAAAUUACAAAAAGUUUGAUUCAGUAGGAGAGAGUUUAGUUGAAGCAUACUGUAAAAUGGAUUUAUUUGUGUUUUGUUUUUUUUUACCCUCAGAUGAGAUUUCUAAAACUAUGAGGAUGGAGUCUAGAGAAAUAACUUUAGUGAAUCACAACACCAUAUUCAAAACACAUCUGCCAGAGAUAGGUUUUCAAGAGAACCAGCUUUCACUUUCUGACCACCAGGGAUUGCCUUCUAGGCCUGAAAAUUUGGAUCCACCUUUUACUUGUUCUACAAGAAGUACAGUAUACAACCCAAAUUAUUAUUCAGAUAGCCCUUCCUCAGACAGUUUUCGAGUUGAACCAAGAACAUUUGGUCAAAGUAUGAAUGGCCAUUGGAGAAAUUCUACUCCUGCACCACCAACUUCAGCUUUACAGAAACCUAGAAUCAGCCGAAGUCUUUACCAUGACACUCGAAAGGCCUCCAGUGGAAUGUCAAACACUUUUGUUGGAAAGUCAAACCAUCACUGUCAUAUGACUGCAUAUGAAAAAACUUUUCCUAUUAAGCCUGUUACGAGUCCAUCAUGGAGUGGUUCAUGCCGUCGCAAUCUCUUAAGCCCAAAGAAAACCCAGAGGCGAUAUAUUAGUACAGCAGAAGAGACAGUUCGAGAAGGGGAGAGAGAGAUCUACAGACAAUUGCUACAGAUGGUUACUGGUAAACAGUUUUCUACAGCCAAACCCACUACACAUUUUCCUUUACACCUGUCUCGCCUCAGUUCCAAUAAGAGUGCUUUGGAAGAUCCAGUGUUUAAAGAUUCAAACUCUUAUGCCACUCAGACCAUUGGCUCUAACACACCAUCGAACAACUCGGCCAGCAUUUUAAAUACCCGAGAACAGCUGUCCCACCCCACUAUACCAUUUCCCCCAUCUUCCUAUCUUCGGGAUGUUGCUACAAAUGAAUCCAAGAAUUCUGAUCCCCACAGUCAACCUCACCAACACUCCUCUCCUCCACAUCAGCCAAAUCACAUACCAGCUCCAAAUGCACAGUCUGAAGGCUCAGACUCUGUCAUUUUACUCAAGGUGAAAGAUUCCAGAGCUCCUACUCACAGUCCUUCCUUCUUCCAGGCAGAGCUGUGGAUCAAAGAAUUAACCAGCGUUUAUGAUUCCCGAGCACGGGAGAGAUUACGUAAAAUUGAAGAACAGAAAGCUCUGGCAUUACAUCUUCAAAACCAGAGACUACAAGAACAAGAGCAUUCAGUACACGAUUCAAUAGAUCUGCAUCUUCGAGUGCCUCUUGAAAAAGAGAUCCCUGUCACAAUCAUACAGGAAGAAGAGAAAGAGCCUGACAGAGUGAUUGAUAAUGAAGAUGAGUUUCCUGAAAUCACAGAGGAAAUGGAGAAAGAAAUAAAGAAUGUAUUCCGUAAUGGAAACCAGGAUGAGAUUCUCAGUGAAGCAUUCCGUCUGACUAUCACCCGCAAGGACAUUCAGACUCUCAACAACCUGAACUGGCUCAAUGAUGAGAUGGGAGAACUGAGACCCAGGAAGGAGAAGGGAAGGCUCCCUCUGGUGCUGUGCGGAACUCACAGAAAUUCAAACUUUGUACCUGAAAAUCUGUUGUGCCAAAAAUCAUUCAUUAAAUCAGGAGUGGAAAUCAGAACUCUAUUUUUUACUCCAUUUGUACAGAAAGCCAUUGGACCACUCCAUCUCUGGGUGACUCCCUUAAAAGAGGAGCAGGCCACUACUAAUGAUCAAAGAACAGCAAAAAUAUGAGCAAGUCCCUUGGACUCCUGUGGCUUUUGUGUUGGGGCAGGCUGGACAUAUUGUCUCCUUUUUGUGCAGGGGAAAUCUACUUACCAUAGAGUACCUGAGUUGGUUUGUACAACAUCACCUAUAUUAAGAAAUUGAUAAAAGUCAUUCAGGCACUUAAGUGGAAAACACUUACCUAGGAUAAAUGCAAAUAAGCAUUGGCUAUUUUAUUUCUCUGUGUAGCCCAGUGUGCUCAUGGUCAUAUCUACUAGAAAAGCCAGAAUAGUUAAAGGAUUUUCCUCCCUAACUUCUGUCCUGGAGUGAUCUAACUUUUAUUUGCCAAUUUCUACUGUAUUUUUGGUGGGUUUUUGGUUUUGGUUUUUUGGGGGGAGGGUUGGUGGCAAUUGGGUGCAUUUCUUUUUUUGGUUCUAGUUUGUGGAUCUUAAAUAAUUACUACCAGUGUUUGCCAAAAUGAGUCAGAGCAACAAAAUACUUGGAGUUUCAAGUACUGCAUUUCUUACUUCCCCCAAACGAAGAGAGAAUAUGGGGAAAAGGUUGUCUCAUAAGCAGCACAAGUUGGGAAGCUUACAGCUAAAACAUACACAACAGAUGUUAACAAUUCUGAAACUCUAGCUGACUGCACAAACAAAAUUUCCUACUUUGCAAAUGUCAUCUCUUGAAGUCGAUGAUCACAACUAUUGGUUUCACCAGCUAUUGUUCUUCAGACCUGUGCUGUAGAGGAAGUGUUCCCAUUCUAUCACUAAUUAAGGAAGCCAAGGAAUGAACUUUACCAGACGUCACAUGAUUUCUGUGGCAGAAUCAGUUAUAGAAUGCUAAAUGCUUAAUUCCUCUUUUGUGUCUGGAACUGCUCAGGCUUAUAGAAAUGGCAGAUUGGCAGUGGACAUGGACAUGGGAUUAUUUCAGUUCCUCAAAGGGCAGCAAUUUAACCUAAGUGGUGCUAAGGAAAUCGAGCAAAGUAAUGAUGAGAGGUACAAAUUCCAACAACUCUGAAGUUUAAUCUCUCAACCAGCAAUUUAGCAAAAAUGACAAAAUACAGAAAUAGUCAAAAAGUUAGAAUGGGUUUAGGAAGAUAGGCACAGUAAUAUACUAUUGUGAAAGCUGAAAUUGUCAUUUUCUGGAAAGCAGUUUGAAAUUAUGCUAAGAAAUCAGUAAGAUGAACAUACCUUUGAUGUUAGCAUCUAUAUGUGCUAAACAUAUACUCCAAAAGUUAGAGACAGAAAGGCUCCAAUCUAUGCAAAAAUAUUCAUAGCACUUUUUGUGGUGUCAAGGAAUUGGAAAUAAAGUGUCCAUGAGAUAUAGAUUGGGAAAUGGAUGAACAAAUUAUAGUCUAUAUAAUGUAAUAAUACUGCUCAGGACAAAUGACAAAUGUAAAGAAUUCAGAGUACUGAAUGACUUAUGUAAAUUGUUGUAAAGUGAAAUAAGUAUGAUCAAGAAAAACAGUAUAUAGAACUAUGAUUAACAGACCUGGAAAGAACAAGAAAUCAUAAACCUAAUACCAUGUCAUGAUCCUUUAGAAGAGUUGGGAAAAUGCACCUUCCUCCUUUUGUUGUAGAGUGUGGAAUAGUAUAGGUAUGACUAUUGCAUAUGACAGCAGAUAUGGUUGAUAUGUUGAGUUUACUAAACUGCUUUUCUUUUUAAUCUUCAUCAUAUGGGUUGAUUAGCCUGGUAAUAGAAAGGGGAAUAGAUACUGAGAAAUUAUUGUAAUGUGACAACCAAAAGCAUCAAAAAUAAUUUUUUUAAAAAUUAUUUAAUCUUGUUUUUAAAAAAUAAAUGAAAUCACAGGGGAAAUAAUUGUAAAUCACUAGGCUUCUUUACUAAGCAAAGAUUUUUCAUAUAGGUUAAAAAUUAGCUGAAAACUCUUGGAGUUUUGUUUGUUUUUAUUUCUUGUGGGGAGCAUUUUCCUAGUGUUGUUUGUUUUUGUUUCUUGUGGGGAGCAUUUUCCUAGUGUUGUUUGUUUUUAUUUCUUGUGGGGAGUAUUUUCCAGAUGUUCAUAAAGAGAAAAGAGAAACCAGGCAAUUUAAGAGAAUCAUUACUCUGGUGCUUGUUGAAUUCCUACAGUGUGCUCACCACUGUUAAUUAUAUUUGAAAUAAAGAGAUUUUCACUGUGGUAGUCCUGAGAUAGAUCUUCUCUGAAUGGUUCCUUAAUGGUUCCCUCAGGGAACUCCAGAUUAGUGAGGGUCACCUUAGAGAACUGAUGUUGAAGUCUUUUGAAACUUUAGCAGAAGGAUAGAUCUGACAGUUUUUCACUUAUAUUUUCAUUAGAGAACAAUCUUUUGGUAUCCACCUGUGUUGGUCAGGGCAAAGCAGAGCUUUGUCCUGAUCUCUCUGUGUUGUAUAUUCCUGAUAUAUUGGCUUAUUUUGUUUGGAUGGAAUCAAAGAAUUUAUAGCCAAAGUGCCAGGUGAACGUCAAGAACACUUGAGUUCAAAUCCUACCAUAGACACUGAUUAAUUGUAUAAUCUUGGGCAAACCACUUAAUCUCUCUCUUAACAUGUAAAGAGCUUUGUAAAUCUUAAAUCUAAAUGUUAGCAACUAUUGUUACUAUUGGUGAACAAAUAACUUUGCAGAGCAAAAGUAAUAGCAGUAAGCAUUCUCUGACUUAAGGAGCUAUGCCUUGUUUCACAUUCUUUCUGCUUGUCAGAUCCCUUGAAUUUUUUGAGUGUUAUUUUCUUGUUGGGAAAGUGGGCACUAGUGAUGCUUUGACUUUGUGAAUGAAAACAUGAAAAAUUUAAAGUUGAAAAACAGAAAAAACAAGUAAAAAUAAAAAAUCUGUUGAUAAGAUCUAAAA